AUGGAGGGGCGACUUCUAUUCCUUUUGUGUGUUCUGGCGCUGGGCCGAGCUGCCGUGAUUCUCAAUGACUGUCAGAUCAUACAGACUUUACAUGGAAAGCUGCUGUAUGAUAACCGGGUCACAUACAUGCGGGAAUAUUUUCCUAUUGACUACAAGCUGUAUGUAAAGUAUGAAGAGGUUCUCCGAUGUCAGAACAUCACCACACUGAAAAAUAAAGGGAUCACAGUGAAGGAAUUGCGCUAUCUGUGGGGGAUCAUCAAUGAGAGUAUCUUGCAGACCAUACAGAGGGCACUGCCACAGAGACACCCGACUCGCCCGUAUAUCACUGAACUGCAGAAUAUAUUCAAAGUUUUGCUGAGAGACACAGAUGAGCAGCAGGUGGAAAGUGACCUGGUUCUGAAACUUCUGGAACAGUUGAACCAAUCAGAAGACAGGAUGAAAGCGGUGACCCCGAAGGCUCUUCUGGACAACUGCUUCAAAGUCCUGUACGCCCUGUACGAGGUGGAAUGUGCGCUGUGCAACCCCAGAAUGAUAAUGCUUCUGUGA